AUGCUGCCUUUUAGACCUCAUCAACUCCCGAGGACAACGAACCCUUCGCAAUCUCGGCCAGUUGAAGAAUGGAUCAAUGACAUAUAUCUUGGCUCAUAUGAACAGGGCAACGACCCAGCGGUCGACUGCAUGUGCCUGCCGAUCCGAUUGGCGCCAGAAUCCAGAAUCCGGAGGUUCCGCAAGGAUGAAUCGGGGACGGCCUUUUUGAUGAGGCGGAAUGUAGAUGGUUUCGUUUUGACUUCAGUCAUGAUCGUAUACGCUUUCCCCUCCAUCUCGCACAAGGACAUGGGACGGGAACAUGAGUACAUCAAUGCGUUGGCCGAUCACCAUGGUCAAGCGACCAUGUAUGAGAUUGGCUUCCUUUGGGUCGCGCCCGGGAUGGCCGUUCUUCUCGCCCAAGACUACGAUAUGCAGAAUAUUGUUGCCGCCAUAAUCUCCCCACUUAUAUGUUGGAGGAUAAUGCCUCAUCAAACGUUCUCGGUUAUCAUCUUUUGGGACGAAGAAGAAAAUCUUAGGGCCUAUAUCCCCGACCCCCAAAGCAUGAACGGCGACGACCCGGGUUAUAUCGAGGCAACAAACCUUUCGGAAGUAUUCCCGACUUGCAAACAAACUCUUAGCAGCGCAUCCCAACAGGAAAGGAACCUAGGGACCACGUUGUUCGGCUAUCAAAAUGCGUCUGCAGGAGCCGAUGACCGAGCCAAUAUUGGUGCCGACGACUUUUUCACUGAUGACCACCACAUGAAGAGAGUACAGAGCUUCUUCAGCACCAUACGACGACCGCAUCAGAGGCGAGUCAAGAUUGCUGUCCUUGACACUGGUCUUGAUAUCGACCAUCCACUCCUGCAGAAAUUCGUUCGAAGCAAAUAA